GCGUCCAAGAUCUACUUCAACAAGAUGAACCACGUGAACCUCGCGCUGGGCGACUGCCCCGACUUCCUCUUUGGCGCCUUCACGCCGCCCGCCGACAGGUGGGCCGCCGUCUCGAAGCGCGACGCGCUCUGCAUCGAGCACCUGGCGAUGCUCGACGGCGCACUCUGCCGCACGUACGAGGCGCGCCACAAUAUCUGGAUCAGAUAACAUCUUGUGGAGCACUGUAACAUCGCUCUUGCAGCGCGUUCAAGGCGCGCGGCUGCAACGCGAGCGCGCGGCUGCCCUACUGCGCCGGCGACUACGACGGCGCCGCGCGCGCCGCGCUGGCGGGCUCGCGCACGGUGUUUGGCGUGUGCGUCGACUCGAUGGCCGCUUGCGUCUCGUGGGCGGAGACGGGCGAGUGCAAGAACAACCCCUUCUUCAUGGGCAGCUCGUGCGCAAAGUCGUGCGGCACCUGCGACAAGCCCGUCGACGAGCUGCUUCGGCCGGAGGAGCGCCACCUCGGCGACUGGAAGUGGGCAGCGGCGCAGCGGCAGCAACCCUCAAAGCCACACGCGCGGGGGCACCGGGCGCGCGACCCGGAGGAGGACGGGGAGGAGCUCACGGCGGGGACGCAGGGCGCGGCGUGCCUCGACGGACGCGCCUCUGCGGGGCGGACGGCGUCUCUUCACGCCCCGCGCUGUGAGCUAGGCGGCCUCUCCGACGACGAGCUCGACCACCCGCUCCGGGCGGCCAGGGAGAAGGCCGAGGGGCGCCACCAGUCGCUCGACGCCCUGCGCGCGGGCCGGGAGCGGGAGGCGAUCGGGCCGAGGAAGGCUGCGGAGCGUGGCGCGGGCGGCGUCGGCGGCGGCGAGGCGGCCGCCGCCGCCGACGCGGACCGAGAAGGAGAGGCAGAGGAGGGCGCAGAUUGCGCCGACGCGGACGCGCUGCUCACGGAGCGGAAGAGCCCGUCGUGUGUCGCCUUUGCGCGGCGGGGCGGCUGCCGCGAGUCCCUGUCUGAGGCGCUCGCGCGCUGCCGGUACUCGUGCGGUCUCUGCGGCGCCGAGGCGGGAGGGGAGGGCGGCCUGGACGGGCCGGCCGGCGGGGCGGAGCUUGGGCUGCUAGGCGGGGGCCCGGGCCAGUGGAGCGCCACGCUGUGCGGUGGGGCGGCGCUCGCGCUCGCGGCGCUGCUGUACUGCUGCGGCGCGCCGUGCCGGCCGCGCAAGCCGAAGCGGGAGGACAAGUGCGCCGUCUGA